AUGUUAAUAUCAGAUGGUAUUAAUCAUGGGAAAUUACAGUCUAUUAUAGUCGGUGAACUAAAAAAAGCAGGACUGAAACACCGUUUCAAGAAGAUAAUUUUGAAAAAUGUCAAAGACCAUAAAACAGUAUUCGGAGCCCCUUUGAUGAAAGUCCCAUCGUGCAGUGUAAUUUGUUGUGGAAGUACAUUGUGUGUCCCUAACGUUGUUAGUGAAAUGUCUUCAGUGCUAAGAGCGAAUGCUCAUGUUGAAGGUCUGUUUCGUAAAGCUGGGUCUCAAACCCGCCAGAAAGAUAUAAAGCGAUUGCUUGAUGCUGGCGGCUGUGUGUCAGAAGGUCAUCAUCCUAUAGAUGUAGCAAGUGUUUUAAAGCUUUAUCUCAGAUGUUUACCUCAACCAUUGAUCAGUGCUGAAGUACAAGACUUACUACUGCGGUGCAGAGUUACAACGGGAGAUGAUAGUUUGAAGCCUUUAUUGAAUACACUUUUAUUAUUACCAGUAUUACAUGUGCACCUUUUACACUAUAUAAUGGAGUUGCUAAAAUACAUAGCAUCAAGACAUAAAGAAAAUUUAAUGGACUCUUUAAACUUGGCUAUUGUCUUAGCUCCAAGCAUUAUGCCCCUGCCAGCUGCUUCCUCCACACAACGCUUAGAACACCAUGUUGCACUAGUCAAGAUAUUUAUUGAAAAUGCUCAAUACAUAGGACUUUUAACAGAGGAUCUCAUGACAAAACUUGAUGAUGAUUCAGAUGUUGGUCAUUCUAGGCGUAAGAAAAGAAGAAGUGGAUCUCUUAAUAGAAUGCUAAGUGGUUUAAAGAAAAUGGUAUCCGGGAAUGUAACUACACCAGCUCCAGUGAUGAAUAGUAAAACUCCAGUAUUAAGUAAAUCUGCCGCCAAAAGAAAGUUCGACACUUAUGAAGGUCUUUCAAUAAAAACAAAGAAAGAAAUAACAAAAGGUCUACCUCAAAAGGAGCUGUCUUUUACGCCGAUGAAAAUGGGUGUAACAGAAAGGAAAAGACUGAGAUUGAGUUACAUAGACGCAAGAAGCACGCCCAUCAUAAAUAAAGAUUUUAAUUCACACAAAAACUCCGAAACAAGCAUCAGUAGUGAAGACUUGUUAACUUCUACAGAGAAUCUCUUUAGCGCACACGAUACUAUAGAUUUGUCGCCAGACAUGAAAGCAAUAGACAAAGAUUAUGUAAGAAUAUCCAAGCAAGAAUAUGAGGAAAUAAAAAGCAGAGUAUCCGCCAUAGAGAAUAGAUUAUCAAGAGAAUUCACAGAUGUCAUACCAAGAGUUCAGCCUGUACAGCAAGUCCAAAAUGUAUAUGAACAAACAUUAGAAGAAGUAGCUAUGUUAAACUGCCAGAGUUCCGAGCACCUUGCACGUCGAUUAAGCAAAGAACUAAAGAUAAGACCAAAAGAACAAGCAAAAAUCAUACGAUCUCCAAGUGCUAGAAAAAUUGGCUCUAUAAGACGCCGUUCCAAAGAAAAUUUAACAAAAAUAGUUCGGCACAAGUCCUGGAAUGCUUCUUCUCAUUCCCAAGCUGGCCACAAUAUAGACAGAUUUUAUCCUUAUGUCGGCCUCUGUCGUAGAGAACGAACUACUGUCAAAACGGAACAAGUUGCCACGAAAACUCAAAAUUCCACAUCUGAUUGGGAUGGUUCACUGUCAGAGAACUCUAUCAAUGUUUCAGACAGCAGUCAAAAAUAUCAUCAACGAAAAAGGAUAAGUCUCGCUCCAGAUUAUAAUCUGAACAAAACUAUAGGCAAAGUUCAGCCGCGCCGCUCACUCAAUAUCACAAUGAACAACAGUUGGGACGGCACGGAAUCUGAGAACUCAAUGAAUAACACGCUCAAUGUUAAAAGAAAAUCGAGAAAUUCUUCGCAAUUUCAAUGCUAUCAAAAUGUAAAUAGUAAGAAUACGAACCCACCGAGUUCGCAACCGAAAUGGCGGAGUGCCGCUGCUUUCUUUAUGGAUAAAACUGGUGAAGUAGAAAGCAACGGACAAACAGGACGCCCGUCAGUCAACAAGCUGCGGCGACAGAAUGCAGGGGCAGUUCUCGCGAAGGCUAAGCUAUUCGAAUCUAGCUCAGACAAAUCAUCAGAACAAAACGAAAAGGCAGUACAUACAGGUUUUGCAAGGAAACCAAGAGUCAACCAACACCAAAGAAUAGGUCAUCCAAAAACGAGGCUCCAGUCAUACGCAAACGAUGUUGAAACACAAUCAUUUAAAACAAAUAAAAAUGCUAACGAUAUAAGUCCAAACGUCGCAAGGUUCCGAACACCCAUACCUCAUAAAGACGAAAUGCAUUCGCGAUUAAGAAAAUUAACUCCUGUGAAAAAGGUAGUGUCUCCACAACCGAAUGUUUUGUUAAAGACGCCUCAACCGCCGGCCUUGAAAAAGCCUUUAUGUACUCCUCGAAGUUUGAAAACGCCUUCGUCUAUCGCAGAUCAUAGGAAACUGAACACGCCGAUGAAAGCUGUACAUAUUUCACCGAGACGGUCGCCGCGGCAAAAACAACGUUCACAUAAU